AUGGCAAGCACGAGGCCAAUGACCAUGUUGGCUCGCGCCCGGCCGACCACGCAGCUGCUGCGUGCGUCCAACUCGCCCGCCGCCGCCCUAUUCUUCUCGACCAGCGCACCGCGCGCCGCCCUGCCGUCCGGUCCGCCACCCUCGGGAUUCCGCCUGCCGACGCCGAAGCGCUGGGACCAGGGUGCCGAGAGCUCUCUCGACAAGGCUGGAAAGUACUUCCUCCUGACCGAGAUGAUGCGCGGCAUGUACGUCGUGCUGGAGCAGUUUUUCCGCGCGCCGUACACCAUCUACUACCCGUUCGAGAAGGGCCCCAUCUCGCCGCGCUUCCGUGGCGAGCACGCCCUGCGCCGCUACCCGACCGGUGAAGAGCGCUGCAUUGCUUGCAAGCUGUGCGAGGCCAUCUGCCCCGCCCAAGCCAUUACCAUCGAGGCCGAAGAGCGCGAGGAUGGAAGCAGGCGCACCACCAGAUACGACAUCGACAUGACCAAGUGCAUCUACUGCGGUUUCUGCCAAGAGAGCUGCCCCGUCGACGCCAUUGUGGAAUCCCCCAACGCCGAAUAUGCAACCGAGACGAGAGAGGAGCUGCUCUACAACAAGGAGAAGUUGUUGUCGAACGGCGACAAGUGGGAGCCCGAGCUGGCCGCUGUCGCGAGGGCCGAUGCUCCUUACAGGUAA